AUGGCUCCAGGCAUCGUAUCAUCAACUCCCCCAGACACUUCCGUCUCCUCCUCAGACAAGCCAACAGUCUACCUGUUGGAUACCUUCCACCCCAAUGUCAUCGCCUACGCAAAGGAAAACUUUGACGCUGUCACAAUAGAUGACCCUCGUCACAGCCAAUGGCGCGAAGCCCGCUACCUCCUCGUCAGAGCAUCCCGCUUGACAGCAGCGGACAUCAAGUCCUGUCCCAACUUGAUUGCUAUUGGCAAGCAGGGCGUUGGUAUCGAUAAGAUUGACGCUGAGGCUUGUGCUGCGCGAGGAAUCAAGAUUUUCAACACUCCUGGUGUUAACGCCCGUGCUGUUGCCGAGCUUGUUCUGACGCUGGCCACUUCUUCUGCUCGUCAAGUCGGUUCUAUCGUCGCUAAGCAGUCUUCUGGCAUUCUUUGCCCCAAGGAGAAGUGCUCUGGCUUGAUUCUGCAUCAGAAGACCAUCGGUAUUCUGGGUAUGGGCAACAUUGGCAAGUGUGUCGCCAAGAUCUUCCGUGGCGCAUUCGAAGCGGAUGUCAUCGCAUAUGAUCCCUUCCUCCCGGCAGAUGCCUGGGCAGAUAUUCCCCACACACGCGCAUCUUCCGUGGCAGAAGUCCUAGAAUCAUCAGACGUCAUUACCGUUCACAUGCCCCUCACACCCGAGACAAGAAACCUCAUCAGCUACGAGGAAAUGAAGCGCAUGAAGAAGACGGCCAUCAUCAUCAAUACGGCUCGUGGAGGCAUUGUCAAUGAAACCUCAUUACAGCGCGCUUUGGAUGAGGGUCUUAUCUGGGGUGCUGGUCUGGAUUGUCAUGAGGAGGAACCACCCAGUUAUGAGAAGUACCAUUCUCUUUGGGGGAGUGGUGUUGUUAGCACGCCACAUAUUGGAGCUGCUACUGCUGAGACGCAGAUGCAAACCGGUAUGGCAGCAGCCAGGUAUUUGUUAGAGUUUGCGUUGAGCAACUAG